AUGUCUACGCCAUACUGGGGUAGCCUGCCAGCCGGCGGAAGAAGCGCUGCUCAGUCCACGGCCCAGCGCACCUCUGGCGGCGAUUUCGACCCGGCCGCCAAUCGCAGACAAUCUCUCGAGAGCAGCGCCCAGCCUCACCCGAGACCAAACCGAGUGUCUGUCCAGACCACAUAUACCGACGCCCCGACCGAGUCCACCCGCAGUCCCUUCGUCUCACCCACCGCUUCGAGCUUCAACGAACGAGGUCUUGCUCCCCGACCGCCCACCCUCCCCUACGGCGAAAACCAAUACCCACCAGAGAUCGCAGACAGAAGACGGCGUCGCCAAAGCCGGAAUCAGGAGGAAGAGGAGCAGUUGGCAAGAUAUGCUGGUGCCGACGACGGCGAAGCGCCACCGCCAGCCGCGCCAGAAGUCCCGCGAGGCCCUCCAUUGAGCUACCGCCAUCCGUAUGGGAACGGCGGCUUGCCUUACACAGUAUCAGGUGGCGCUGCAGUCCCUCCCAAUAUGCGACGGAACGACCGCCCCCCGAAUAUGUCGGCCGCGGCAGCAGAGGAAUACUACAAAGGGCCAUCUCCUGAGGAUUCGCCACACACUGACUUACCGCCGCUGGAUAGGUCGAAGCAGAAGCUUGACGCCAAUGCCAACGGACGCCGCCGCUCCAGCGGCUACGACCAGUAUCAAGGUCGGCCAGGCGCGGUGCCGGUCAAUGGAACUCCCCAGGACGCGGCUUGGUCGCCACAGGACCACCAGAGGCGUGCUUCUUUGGGAGAUCCAUCCGGCCGGCGGAAGAAGUUUACGGAGGACCGGUCUCCUCUGCAGAGGCUAGAGGGCGUUCUUACCAAAGAAGAGAAGCGAGCACGCAUGGAGGCCGCCGAGAAGCUGGCCCGGGAGCGUGUGAGCAAAGACAUGAGCGAGAAGACCGCGACACAGCAGGUCCGCUUCAAGGAGGCUGGUGCCCCAACAGGCCAGCGCGAGCAGAGGGUCCGCAUGCCACUCGAGCCGAUCGAAGUACAGUCCGAUGUCUCGUCUCACGGUGGACCCUUGACACAGAACCCGCCCGAGGAAGGCAAGCACUACGGGUCAGUCUCUGGCAGGUCACCCCGUACGCAAGUCCCAGAGUCCCGGAUACCAGUGCCGUCGGCGGUCCAGAGUUCCGGUAUUCCCCAGCGCAACCUCAGUUUCCGCGAGAGAGCAGCAAAGAACGAUAUAGACCUUCCUCGUGCGAACGAGGUCGCACCGGGACCGGAGGCAUCCCCUCCAUUGGGAGGGUUUUCUCUGACUCGCAAUGGAAGCAACAAAUUGAAGAAGGAACCCCCCGGAGAUCCAUGGUACAAUCAGAGAAUGGAUGCAGAAAAGAAGUAUCCCACAGUCCAAUCACGGACUAACCCGAAUGCUGGAAAUGGCGAUCCCGGCGUCUCCACAAUGGAUCGGUCUGCCGAAGGGUCCGUGCGCCAACGCGACCCGGGUCCGAACAUGCCGCGAAUGAUUCCCGGCAACACGGCUGGUUCGUAUCACGAGGGUCCAGAGCGGUCGGAGACUUUCAGGGCAGCCGGAGGCCCCGACCAAAGGAGGCCGCCUCCACUUCAGAAUCCAGUUCAGCCCUCUGUAACCCAGGACGCUCCCCAUACUGGUGGCCGCCUUGUUUCAGGCGCAGCUCUCGGUGCGGCGGCCGCUGUGCCAGCUCGGCGCGCCGUCAGGAUCCAUGACGAACGAGAGGAUGAGGGCGGGCAUCGCCAUUAUGUCUCCAACAUGGUCUAUCGCAACCACGAGAAGUUGCAGCCAGGGCAGGGGAUGUACAAACCACCUCAGUAUCUGGAUGAGUGGAAGAAGGCCACAGUAGGAACAUUGUCCGGCGCACUACUGGAUCUUACGGACGACCCUCCCCCAGAGAUUCACGAAGCCGACAAGGACAAAGCUUGGUGGGAAACACCGCCUUCGCAGCGGAGAAGGAGCAGUACUGGAGCUCGACCAAGAAAGGCAGAGGCAUUUGAUGGCGAGUAUGACGAGCAUGCUCGAUAUGCUGACCGCACGUCAACAAAAAUUACAGCGCCUACACGGUUCAAGCCGCCACUGUAUCUGAAGUGCGGUCCGCUCUUACGGUUCUGUGGCAUUCGCCAUGAGCGAGUCGCAUCUCGCACAAACCGUAAUGGAAUUGUCACGGAGAGAGACAUUUGGAGAGGCAGUGUGAUGAUUGUGACGCAGGAUUCUGAGUCCUCCUACGACAUUGCUCCAACCUUGCGGAUGUUCCUGCAGCCGAUCGAGCUCCUGCCACCGCCGCCGCACGAGGUCCAGGGGGCUCUGCCGCCAGAAUAUGUAGAUCCGAUCGCCGGCUAUCCAAAGCUUGGUAGGAAGGGUGAGACGCUUUAUGUGAGGCCUGUCGAGCAUCUCGAAGAGGGCAAGGACGUGUCGCGAGACGAGACAGAUGAGGGACUCUUUGAAAAGACGAGGAGCCCACCAGACGAAGCUUUACCCGAGGGCAUGACCGAGCUGCCAGGAUCAUUCGCAGCACGUCGUAAGCGCGUCGCUGUUGACGGAGAAAAAGUCAACAAGUAUAAGGACGUGCGCGGCUUCCGUCUGCACGCCGAGCGAGGCUACACGUUCUGGCGUUUCAACAUCGAGGUCGAGCUCCGAGACAAGGAGCAAAGAGUCGCGUAUCGCAUCAACCGCGGGCCGGCAACCGGCUUCUGGGUCCCGGCCCGUGGUGAGUGUAUGAACAUCAUGUUCCACAGCUGCAACGGCUUCAGCCUCAGCGUCGAUCCCAACGACUUCAGCGGCCCGGACCCCAUGUGGCGCGACGUUCUCAACACGCAUCAGACACGUCCGUUCCAUGUCAUGAUAGGCGGCGGCGACCAGAUCUACAAUGAUGCCGUCAUGCACCAGACAGAGAUUUUCAAGGAGUGGCUCGAGAUCAAGAACCCGCUGCACAAGCACAACGCACCCUUCACGGCAGAGUUGCAGGACGAGCUCGAGGUUUUCUACCUCGAGCGCUACUGCAUGUGGUUCUCGCAGGGCCUGUUCGGCCUCGCCAACUCGCAGAUCCCCAUGGUCAACAUGUUUGACGACCACGACAUCAUCGACGGCUUCGGGUCUUACCCGCACCACUUCAUGAACUCGCCCGUCUUCUCGGGUGUCGGCAAUGUCGCGUUCAAGUAUUAUAUGCUCUUCCAGCAGCAGAGUGUGCCGGACGAGACCGAGGCGUCCGAGCCCAGCUGGACUCUCGGUGUCAGGCCGGGUCCGUACAUUCACGAGAAUAGCAGGAGUCUGUUUAUGCACCUCGGCGGCAAGGUUGCGCUCCUAGCCGUCGAUGCGCGAACGGAGAGGACGAGAGAAGAGGUCCUGAGGGACGACACCUGGAAGAAGCUCAUGGAUCGAUGCUACGCCGAGAUUGUUAAGGGCAAGACGGACCACCUCCUGGUUCUGCUCGGUGUGCCGAUUGCCUACCCGAGACUGGUCUGGCUGGAAAACAUAUUGACCUCUAGGCUUAUGGACCCUGUCAAGGCGCUCGGCAAGCUGGGCAUGUUUGGCAAUUUCUUGAACAAGUUUGACGGAGGUGUUGAGGUCCUAGACGACCUCGAUGAUCACUGGACGGCUAAGAAUCACAAGGACGAGCGGACCCUGGUCAUCGAAGACCUUCAGGAUCUUGCUGCGGACAAGUCCCUCCGUAUCACGAUGCUCAGUGGCGACGUCCACCUCGCUGCGGUGGGACAGUUCUAUUCGAACCCGAAGCUCGGCAUCGCCAAGCACCGCGACUUCCGGUACAUGCCCAACGUCAUCUCCUCGGCCAUCGUCAACACGCCGCCGCCAGACAUGUUGGCCGACGUGCUCAACAAGCGCAACAAGGUCCACCAUUUCGACCGCGAGACCGACGAGGACAUGAUCCCGGUCUUCACGCACGGCGUCGACGGCAAGCCUCGCAACAACAAGCGCCUCCUGCCUCACCGCAACUGGUGCUCCAUCCGCGAGUACCUCCCCGGCAACACCCCGGCGCCCACGCCGAACCAGUCAGCCUUUGACAUCACCCCUCUCGGCACCCCGCCCGAUGCGGCACCCAAGGGCGGCAUCAUGCGCCGCCUGUCCAAGUCGAGAAAGCCUACGGCGCCUUCAUAUCCCCCCAGCGCAUAUCAUCCUCCCCCAGCGUCAUCGGGAGGAGGCGGCCUCUUCCGCAGCCUGAGCCGCGGCCGUCGCGCCUCCAGCUCGGAGGCCGCGCUCCCCGAGAGGCCGGUCCAGCCGAAGCGGACCCUAUCUCUCACCCGCGCCGACUUUAGGCCAGGCAACCUCUUCCGCCGCCUCUCAAGCAGUCGGCGCUCAGGCCGGCCCGAUGACGGCGGCAUCAAUGGCCAGUGGGGCGACGACGACAGCGAGGAGGAAGCUUAUUACCAGCAACAACAACAUCCGCAGCAGCAGCAGCAGCAGCAGCAGCAACGACAACAGCCCCUCCCGCCAGCCGCUGCUCGCCGCCUAGGUCUUCCUGCAGGUGCGGGCGCCGGCCAAGCUCCCGGCGGCCCAGGCGCGAGGGGUCCGCCCCCGCGCAGACCAGCGCGUGGCCAGUACGACGACCUGGACAUGGAUGACGACGACGACGACGACAACCCCUACGGGCAUGACGGGUACAACGAGACCUACCGCCGCGGCAUGGCCCUGCGCGGCGGUGCUGGCGCCCCUCCGCCGCGCCACCUCCACCACUACGACGAGUACGACAAGGGCGACGACAGCUACUUCACCGCGCAGCCGCGGCGCGCGCAGACCAUGCCCGUCGCCCCCGCCCCCGCCGGCCGCGUGCAGGAGAUCAGCGACGGCGAGGAGGAGGACGAGCAAGCGGAGCACGAAGAAGAGUUCCGGCCCAGGCCCUUCCACCGCACGCCGACGGGCCUGUCGACCAAGCAGCGCAGGAAGGCGGAGCAGUUCGAGGUCAACCUGCAGGGCGGGCUCGACAUCGCGCUCAACGUCGAGGUCAGCCCCAAGGACCCGGCGGGCAUCACGGUGCCGUACAGGCUGCUCGUGCCCAAGCUGUGGUACGAGUACGACGGGGAGGACCUGGCGCAGCCGGCCGCGGCCGCUCCAACACAGCAACAGCAACAGCAGCGGCCGCAGCAGCAGCAGCAGUAUCCGGAGGAUGGAUACUACAUGACGCCGCCUGCUGGACAGCAGCAGCAGCAGCAGCAGCAACAGCAGGGUGGGAUGAUGAAGAGGCUGCUGAGUUUGAAUAGGAAGUAG